AUGGAAAUCGUGGUGGCGGCCGCGUCGCCGCUGGGGCAGUACCUGGCGGAACUCGAUGCGGAGGGGGGCGCCGGCGAGUCAAUGGCGCAGCUGCUGACGGCGACCCAUCCUGCGACCACCAAGCGGCCCACGAGACUCACAGCGUCGAGCUCGUGCGGUUGGCGGCAAUUGCUGGGGCUUCUUCAUCGACGUGUGGAGCUGCUGACGGUGCGGCGAUUGAUCCCGCAGCUUAGCGCGUUCCACCCGACGCUUCGGGAAGAGCUGCAGCGGGCGCCGGGGGUGGAUGCGGUGGUGUUUGCAGAGCAGCGGGGAGUCGACGGGUGCUGGUGGAGGCAGAAGAUUGCGAUAGUGGAGCUGUUGAGAGGCGUCCAAGGAAUUACAGAGGAGACCCGCAGCUUGGUGGCGGCGGCUGGCGGGGCUUUGGUGGUGCUUCUGGCAGCGGUGCUAGUUGCUAGAAGAGAGAACGCUGGUGCAUUGAUGGGGUGGAGCUUUGCCGCUGUUGGUUUACUCGUGUUGGGGCUGGAGUUGAGUGUACGAGGGCUGCUUGCCUGCUACGCACGGCGAUCUCGGAAGCUGGUGGAGUCGUUGAACGUCUUUGACGGUGCGGUGGGGAGGUUUAACGAGACUUAUGAAGACGGUUUGGCGCUGAUGAAGCGCGCGGAGCUGGCAAGCCGCGGCUAUAGACUAGGGGCUGGGUUGCUGCCGCCCAUCGGCAGGCUGGAGGCUGCCAACGCAGAAGAUAGCGGAGACGGAGGCGAGGAGAACGCUGAGUUAUUUGUUGCUAAGCACCAACUGCGUUGUCUGCCGCUGCGAAGGAAGCUACGAGCAGUGAGUGAUGAGCUACAAGCAGAAACCACUGCAUUCUCGCAAGGGGGUGACAGGAAGGAUACCUACGGAACCCGAAGCAUCGAGGAUCAAGUCGGCGAUAGUGCAGACGCUCAAGCUCCGUCGUUGCUACUUACUGCACUCGCCAAGCAGCACAACCGAGGUGUGCUGCUUCUAGAGAGCGCUAUGCGUUCGGAGCUCGUACGAAAACUUGCUCGCGCGUGUUGUUCUCGGACUGCUGGUUGCAACCUCUUUGGUACGCUACGAUCUCACCGGGCCGCGGUCGACGAGCUGGUCGGAUCGUUAAACACUUGGACUACCGAUCUCAAUGCAUGGAACACGACGAGCGGUCCUGCAAAACUGGUGUCUUCUCCACCGGAGUCGAACACAUUGGAGCGGCCAAACGUGGCAUCUUCCGAUGCGGCUGAUGUUCGACUAAAGGGGGUAGCCAUCAAGCUUCAAGAGCUCCGGUCGAUGAGCGAGACGCUCACUGCUUUGACGAUUGCUGCCCAACACGAAAUGGUUUCUGGUGAUUCGAUACUAGAACGGUUGGUGGACUCCCGUGAAGCGAUGCGAGCAAUGGCUCGGCACCUGCAAGAAGCAUGGGAUGGCUACGAUAGUGCUCUCAGCGCACUACGUUGCGAAGACGACACUGAUCCAGGCACGAGUGGAGAUGCCGCGGAGGAAGGUGAAGACCCUGAGGCCAAACCGAUCGAUGCCGUGGUUGCUUCCUCCUCUGUCCCGACUCCAGAGGAUCCCAAUUACACUGUGAUUUUCACUGGUACGAGCACUGGUGACGAGGGCUUCGACUUGCAGGCACUGCUGAAACAGCAGGAAGCCGACGCUAGCGCUACAGCAUCCCCAACUCCACAUUUUGUAAGCGAGCUGCGCGACGUCUUGGCCCACCGCCAAGCACACGCCCAGCCAGGACUGACGAAGCAGGUGGAUCAUGACCCUCCGUCGGUGGCGACAACAGGAAGCGAAGCGCCGGCUCCUCCUCCUUCGGAUGCCAUGUUUUCGCUCCCUCGGGCCCCACAGCGCGGUCGACCACGUCGACAACCUCCAGCUUCGCUUGACCCACCAAUGGAAAAUGAACGCACAGCUCCUGCAGCUAACGCGUUCAACUUGGAGCUUCAAGCGCUGCUUCAACGCGCCCAGCCGAUUCAACAGCAGGAUAUUCUCGAGAGUCUGGGAGACAUCGACGCAUGA